AUGUCAUGCGUGGUAGUCAGUACUGAAUUAAAUAGGGGAGUACUUCGUUAUACUGGCAUUGCGCAAUUCAUUUAUUGUCAUUUAGUCGCAGAGGUGCUUGUUAAGACAGAGUCAACUGUAGUUUAUCACAACUCAGUUCGUUGGGAAACGAGCACAGCAAUCAUCACAGAGGUUUAUAAGCCUCCGACGCGGAAGGAUUUAAUAAGGACGAGCGUCACCCUCCAAAUGUUUUCGCCAAACGGUUGCGUCCACGACGAUUUCCCAGCUCUAACAAUUCCUACCCGUAUCUUAGUCGGAGGAAGACUAGAUUUGAGCAGUAGGACUAUUUCGAUGGAUGCAUGCGAGUUUAAAACAUGGAAGAAGGGCGUGACUAAAAUGUUCGAUUUCAAAGAUACCAUUAAUUGCUCGACCGUACCUGGUGCACGUAUCUAUCCUUCUGACUCAGCUGCUAACUCACGCGAGGAAAUUCGUGAAUUCAUCGUAAAUUUCGCAGUAGAAACGGAAUGUAUUAAACUGGAAUUAUGGAAAGUUUGGUGUCCAUCUCCAGCUAUAUUCAAUGCUAACAUUUCAGUUGGUACUCUGGAAACGGUUGAAGAGGAUGGGCGAGCUGAUAUUCUGAAUCUGCCAGUGACUGCCUACUUGGUGACAUUCGCCAAAGUUUACACGGGAGAGCCCAAGGUAAAAGUAGGAUUAGUAUAUUCGGUCUGGUUGAUUGGUGAACAAAGACGCAGUAAAAAAAAACUCGUCAAAGGAAAUACAAUUGCAGGUGUUUUUAUCGAGUCACAUAACAGUAUUAUCGCCGUGCUAGAAUGCAAUGUGUGGGAAGAUGAGGUGAUUGCAGAAACAUUGCAAGCAGGAGAACAAAAUAGUAGAAAAGUAUGCGGAUCACAGAAAGCUAAAGUCACAAACGAAAAGCCUAGAUGA